CCUUUCCGAUUUUUCACUUUUGUAAAGUUUAACGCACACUUUGGUGGAGUUGCGGAAAUGUCCACCAGCAAAUGCUUCCCACAUGAGAUUUAUUUGUCUUCUGUCCACAACAUACGAUUUUAAAAUUUUGUUCUUAACUUGUUCGUUUUAGCUAGAUUUUGUCGCAUUUGUCACGCUUGUUACGCUUAUCACGCUUGUCGUUUUUUUUGUUUUUUUUUCCUUUCUGUCCAACUUUGCCUGCAAUUGUGUGGGACCCGACUCGACUGCACGCUAGUUGUAUGCAAAGGUGGCCAUAUAAGUGCAGACGCGGUGGGGAAGCGGCGCAUUCGCAGGCAAAGAGGAGUGUAGCAGGGUGAAGCUGAGAGACAGCACCCUCACCGGCAAUCGCACACCCGCAUACUAACAGUGGAGCAAUAGGAGGGCCCCACUCGCAAGCCACCCGGGAAAAAACCAUGAGCGCAACGUUGAAGGUAAUUAUCAUCCUGCUGGUCGCGCUGGCGACGAAGUAUGCGAGCUGCAAAUCGAACCUAAGGAACCAGUUGGCGAGCCCGCACGGACCGGCCCAAGACAGCAGUAGCUUUUUCCAAAUAAAACUGCCCGAAAUUAGUAUGCCCCCGAUUUCGAGCAACAUUGGAAAUUAUAAAGAGUAUGAUGGAGGAAGAAGUGGAGGCGGAUGGGACAGUAGCAAAGUGGAGUUAUCACCUUAUUCGUUCGUUCCGUCGUUAUUAAAUGCGGUUUAUUUAUUUUCUGCCCUAUGUUUCAUCCUAUGUUUGACUGGCUUGAAUAACCACAAGACUUCCAAAAGGGGGAAUGUACUAGGGUUUAUAGGAAUAGUAGCAGCAAUAGUGGUGACCUUUAGCCAAGUAGGGUUUGGGUUCAGAUAUGAAUUAUUUUUCAUCAUAGUAAUACCAGCCAUCAGUAUAGGAUUAUUUAUUGCCCACCAUGUGAGCAUGGUGCAUAUGCCUCAGCUGGUUGCGCUAUUUCAUAGUUUCGUCGGAUUGGCAGCAUUAUUUGUUGGCUUUUCUAAAUACCAUUCGGAAUAUUUUGAGAGUUACGAAAUGAGCACCAUACAUUUGGUUGAACUAUAUUUGGGAACCUUCAUCGGUGCAAUAACUUUUAUCGGGUCGCUAGUAGCAGCGGGGAAGUUAAGUGGCACUCUAGACAGUAAAUCUUUAAAUUUGAAAAUAAAAAAAAUUAUAAAUCUGGUUUGUAUUAUAAUUAUCAUCAUUGUUGGGUAUUACUUUGUUCAGGUGAAAUCGAUUUAUUUGAAAACGUUCUGCCUUUACGCUUCUUUCCUGGUGGAUUCAUUUCUCGGCUUCCACUUAGUUGCAUCAAUCGGUGCAGCAGAUAUGCCUGUGGUCAUCAGUGCACUGAAUUCUUACUCUGGCUUCGCUACAGCCAUCAGUGGAUUUCUCCUCCAUAACAAUUUGUUAAUCAUAUCUGGAUCGCUUAUCGGUUCUUCAGGAGCUAUUUUAUCGUACAUUAUGUGCAUAGGAAUGAACAGAGACAUUUUCAAUAUUAUCCUAGGCGGGUGGGAUGACUAUGAUGAGUUAGGUGGAGGGUCGGUGCAGCAGGCAAAGGCAAAUAAACGGGUGAACUCCACAACCCAUAAGUACGUUGCAGAAAAUUUAAUCAACGCAAGAAAUGUUGUCAUCGUUCCAGGGUAUGGGACAGCUGUUAGCAAAUGUCAGAGAGAGCUAGCUGAAAUUUGCAUCAUACUGAAAUCGAGAAAUGUGCAGGUAAAUUUUGCCAUCCACCCUGUUGCAGGAAGAAUGCCAGGACAUUUAAACGUCCUUCUAGCUGAGGCAAAUGUUCCCUACAAUAUUGUCAAAGAAAUGAAUGAAGUUAACUCAUCCAUCGAUAAGGCUGACAUCGUUUUGGUAGUGGGGGCUAACGACAUUGUGAAUCCUUCCUCCCUAGACCCCUCCAGCAAGAUUUACGGAAUGCCAGUCAUCGAGGUGUGGAAAAGCAAGCAAGUGAUUAUUUUAAAAAGGAGUCUAAACACAGGGUACUCGGCUAUAGACAAUCCGCUCUUCUACUUUGCCAACAGUUAUAUGCUUUUCGGCGAUGCGAAACAUUCCACCAAUCAAAUUUUAACCGUUCUGAGUGACUACACUAGUCAUAAAUACCCAGAUGUGCCCCUGUCGGAUGAGCACCUUGAUGAGAAGGCUGAAGUGCGCUCUUUGUGCUUCCUCUCGGAGGGCUCCUCCCCUGGCAGCAGAGACGAUUUGGGGGCGCUCGCGGAGCAGUACCCCAAGGCGCGGCGGGUCAUCGGGUUGGUGAAGGACGACAGGGGGGGGGCCAGCAAAGGUGACCCAAUAAAUAGAGACGCGCAAAAUGAUGACGCGAAAGGGGGAAGCACCACAGGCGCGGAAGCUGAGUCGGCCGCCACCCGAAGCGCAGAUGUCAACCUGUCCAUAGUGCCCCUGACCCCCAAGUUUGUCCCAAAGCUAAAAAAAAUGGGCUUCCGAAUAUUGGUGGAGAAAGAAAUAGGCACGAACAUCAUGAUAGAAGACGAGGAAUACGUUAACUACGGAGCUGAAAUUACAUCCAAGGAGGAAGUCCUCAGGCAGAGCAAUAUCAUACUGAAGGUGGACCCACCAAGCGAGAAGUUCAUAGAGGAAGUACCAAAUAAUACGAUUCUAAUUAGUUACCUAUGGCCGAGCAUCAAUAAAGAGCUUCUUCAAACCGCUGUGCAGAAUAAAGAAAAGAAUAAUAUCACCUAUAUGGCAAUUGACGAAGUGCCUAGAUCCACACGGGCUCAAAAAAUAGACUUCAGAAGCUCCAUGAGUAACUUACAAGGGUAUAGAGCCGUUAUAGAAGCUUUUUUCAUGCUGCCAAAGUUUAGUAAAUCGUCUACGACAGCUGCUGGGAAAAUUAACCCCGCGAAAGUUUUCGUCAUAGGGGCAGGGGUGGCAGGGUUGCAAGCCAUUAUAACCGCGAAGAGCAUGGGUUCUAUUGUAUACUCACAUGAUUCGAAAGCGUCCAUCGAGGAGGAAGUGAAGAGCUGCGGUGGCAUAUUCAUAAAAAUACCAUCAUCAAAAUAUGGAGAUAAGAACGAAGCAGCUAAAGAUGAAGAAAAAACGAGCGAAGAUUUUUUAAAUAUACAAAGUAAGAUUUUCAAAAGGGUCAUCAGCAAAUGCGACAUUUUAAUCUGCUCUGCAUCUGUGCCUGGAAAAACGUCCCCCAAAUUGGUAACCACAGAAAUGAUUAAGCUGAUGAAGAGGGGAAGUGUGGCCGUGGAUUUGUCCACAGAAUUUGGAGAUAAGCAAAAUAACUGGGGAGGAAAUAUCGAGUGCUCACAAUCAAAUAGAAACAUCAUCAUCAAUGGAGUUCACAUCUUAGGAAGAGAUAAAAUCGAAAGGAAUAUGCCACUGCAAGCGUCUGACUUGUUCUCCAUGAAUAUGAUAAAUCUGCUCGAAGAAAUGGGAGGAGGGUUACAAUUCACAGUCGAUACGAAUAAUGACAUCGUGAAAUCACUCGUCGUUGUGAAGGAGGGAAAAGUUUUGUACUCACCUGAAAGAUCAGUCGACCAAUUGGUCAAAAGCGAAAGUGUGUUCUUGACAGACCAAAGGGAAGACAAUCAACUUGUCUCCAAAAAAACGAUUAAAUACCCGACGGGGACACGCAUAACUGAGAAGUUUAUCGAGUCAGAUCCGUUCUUCUACACUUCCCUAAUUUGCGCACUUAUGGUUACCCUGCUGACUGGCACCAUUUUUUCCCAGUCAGAUUUACACCAUUUGUUUUUAUUUACUCUGUCCAUCAUCGUUGGCUACUUCUGCGUGUGGUCCGUCACGCCCUCGCUCCACACCCCGCUGAUGUCCGUCACGAACGCGCUCUCCGGAGUUAUAAUAAUCGGAAGCAUGAUUGAGUACGGCAGUGGCUUCAAAAGCCUGAGUUCUGUCUUGUCGAUGAUAGCCACCUUCUUGUCCGCUGUGAAUCUUUCGGGCGGAUUCUACGUCACCAAGAGGAUGCUGGACAUGUUUAUCAAAUAGGAAGAUGGAGGCGUUUCCCCUUUUGUGAAGCCCUAAAUUGGGCCGCAAGAAAUGUUUGCGCCGGCACACGAGCUGCACCUCUAGCGCUGCCAACGUUGCUAGCAAUGCUAGCCACGCCAACGCCGCUACCCAUGCCAACGCCGCUAAACAUGCCAACACUUGCUGGUCUUUCCCCACCCUGCUUUGCUGCGCUACGCCAUUUCACUUACUCAUGCGCUUAUUUUUUUAGCUCUCCUUUUUGGCGCCUCAGCUGAAAUGUAAAAAUAUUUACCCAUUUCGGGGGGAUCUCCUCCCUCGGGAGAUACACACCGGCGUGCGCCUCGCCCCACAGUUCGCUUAAAAGGAAAUUUACAUUAACAAGUGCGUCCUAAGAACACGCACGUUUGAAAAAGGGGUUUAUCGCUAUGCGACUGUUUUUUCUAAACGUAAAAAAAGAGUGGCGACACGUUGGGAAGUAGAUUACACAUGGGGGGGAGGGAAAAAUCCUCAACGUGUUCAGCCGAAUUACAAAAAAAAUGUUGCAGAGGGGGGGAAUAAAAGGGUGACAAUAAGGCCGGCACGCGCCUUCCAAAUGGUAGUCAACGUGGAGGAAGCGCCGCCAUAGCAGCGGCAGCAGCUGCAGCUAUCGCAACCACCACAACCGCCUCUCGAAGGAACUACCGCUGCUAACUAUGCGCGGCAUCCGCGGGGUCAGCGCUGAAGGAGUGGAAAGACAGCAGGCACUGCAAAAUGGCCACUUUCCUCAGGACGCUCUUGUCUAGCCUCAAAAUGUGGUUAAAGAGCCUGGAAUCCCUAUUGGGGCCAAAAAAACUAUUCUGGUCGACAUUCAAAGAAAUGACGUUUAAUUUCAUUACAAACUCCAAGUAGUGAAUAUCAAAAAUGUCUGCAAGAUUUUUUAUGUAGCUCUUUAUGGAAAAUAAAAUGUGGCCUCUAUCUGCGGGGUUCUUCCCAUCACUUUUUGCCUGUCCGUUUUUGGGAUACAUUCUCUUUCCCCCUUCCGUUACUGUGUGCUUGGCCCUAUUUAUGAGUCCCUUUUUUACGUUCAUUAUUUCUUCCUCGUCAUCCUCAUUAGGGUCGUCCUCUUCAUCCUGUGCGUCAUCCUCCAUCUCCAGCUCGCUCUGAAAGGUCAUAUCGUAUGAGUUGUCAAAAUUUAGGUCAAAGCUGACAUUGAAGAGUUUGCUCAGCUUCAGCAGGAUGUCGUAAAUUUGGGAAGGAAUGGAUAACAGGUUAAGAAGGUUAUUGGAAAAUAAUUCAUUCAGUAGGAACUGCUUAUUGGGGGAGCCUUGAAGUAGGGAAUUGGCGGUGGGGUUGUCCCAUGCUGUAGCACCUGCGCCAUCGCUUCGUUUCC